CCGUCGUUCUCAUACCGAUGUGAGCAGCUGACAGUGGAGGAACUCGCCGACACCAAGAACGAGGUUUUCGCGUUUCGUUCGUCGCGAUGUGAUCGCGCGGAUUUGAGGCUGAGAAAAAAGGAAUAAAAAGUGCCAGAAAAAAGCGUUAACCUCCCGAAGCUCACCCACUUCUCCGCAAUGAUGAAAUCCCAAUCGACGGUCCCAAUCAUCCUGGGACUGUCCCUGCUGAGCGUCGGCGGAGCGUGCGUGUACGCUUUCCUCAAGAAGAAAAAGAACGAAUUCGCCGACUCGAGCGACUCCUUCACCGGAAAUGCCGCCACCGCCUCCUUUGACGAAGCCGACUCCGGCAUUUCCAACAAGAUCGCCCGGCUGGUCCGCAUGAUCAGCCAACAGGAAGAGGUCAAAUCGGUUGAGGUGACGCUGUCCAACAAGAUCGUUCCGCUGGUGGUGGGUCGCAAGGGGUACACGCUGAGGCACAUCCAGGACAGUACCAAGACGGAGAUUCAGUUCCGAGAGCUCGACGAGUCACACCAGGUGUGUACGAUUCACGGCACCGAGGCGGGCAUUCAGGCGGCCGAGCAGCUGAUCAUGAAGGAGGCGUCGCGACAGAUUACGUUGACCGAGGAGAUGCUGGUGCCGCAGACGGCUUGCGGGAAGAUUUUGGGUCGUUGUGGCGAUGCCUUGCAGGAGAUUUGCCGCAAAUCUAUGGCCAAGGUUUGGAUUGAAGGGUCACGUGUUCUUGGGGAGAAUCGGCGUAUCAUGAUUACUGGCACUCAGGAUCAGAUCAACGUCGCAAGGUCACUGAUCGAGCAGAAGGUUAAGGACGAUGCCGACUUCAGAAGAAGCCAGGAGCAGCUGGAUAUUCGUCGCGAGCCACGAAUUCGUACUCCGCCAAGUAGUAUGACGGCAACGCCGGUUCCCCGCGAGGUUCUCCCGCCAACCUCCGAAAAGCUCAAAUCGUUGAGCUCUUCAGGACAGCUGGAGGUAUUCGUGUCCGCUGUGGUCUCCCCGAGUCGGUUCUACCUGCAACUGGUAGGACCGCAAUCAACCGAACUGGACAUCCUGGUCGAAACCAUGACCGAGUAUUACAACCAGCAGGACAACCGCGACCUGCACCAGAUCCGCAAGCCAUACCUAGGCCAGAUCGUGGCCGCCGAGUUCAACGCCGACGGAAAGUGGUACCGGGCCGAAGUGGUGGCCAUUCUGCCGAACGAAUACAAGUCUGGAGAAAUUGUUUUGGAUCUGUACUUUGUAGACUACGGCGACAAUCAGUACAUUCAACCUGCCGAGGUGUACGAACUGAGGCCGGACUUUUUGGCGCUUCGAUUCCAAGCGAUCGAGUGCUUCCUGGCACAUGUCGAGCCCAACGCGACAGUAAGCUCGACCACGGGAGAGGAAGACUGGGAACCGGCGGCGAUUUCCAGAUUUGAGGAGCUAACACAUGUUGCUCAGUGGAAGAAGCUGCUGUCCCGCAUCGCAACCUACAAGAACAAGGGUCACCGCGGUGGCCCAUGUCGUGAAGGCCGCGAGGGUUCCCCCGUGCCCGGGGUCGAACUGUACGACACCUCAGCGGACGGCUCCGACGUGAACAUCGCCGUCGAGCUGGUCAACGAGGGCCACGCGAAGGUCAUCAUGAACUUUGGCGAUCUCAACCGAAGCCACGUGCUCCGACUGGACGGUGGAUCCAUCAGCGAGGAGCGCCCAACCCAACCCAGCUCAACAACGUCUCCGGACACCUCGAGCAAUUUUCUGAGCCACGAAAAGGCGAACGGAACCGCACGGAGCGUUUCGGAGCCGAAAACGAUCUCCGUUGACGUUCCCGCCAAGAACGACGAAAGUGAACGGCUGCUGCAGGCAGAGCAAACUAGUUCAGCAGGAAAACACGAAACUGUGAAUAGCACAACUGUGAGUGAGAACAGCGCUGGGAAACUGAACGGAAAUGGACUGCUUUCGCGGGAUUGGAACGAGCUAGUCGAGGAAGAGGAGCGAAGGAAUCCCACACUGACACACUAAUUCCCGUCUGGCUUAGUUCAACGUUUUAUUCACUUUCAAACAUACGAUUAGAGUUUGCUGAAGGAAAACUCGCAAUUUGUUCUUUAACUAUUAGUUAGAAUUGUACAUAUAGCUUGAAGCAAAGAAAAAAAAGAUAGUUUCUUACACCUUAAUUACAAAGUAAUUUUAAAGUGAUCGUUGUUUGAAACCCCUAAAACCCCAAGUCUUCCUAAAUUUGUUUAAAACUUCUUAAUAGUUUAGGGCUUGAAGCAAGCAGAGUGUAGUAUUGAAUUAAGCGAAAGCUAAGAUUAAGCAACACAUCAUCGGAGUGAAAUUGUAGGACGUGAUUUUGAAAAUCAAUCAUAUAUCAGAGCUAGUAGGAAGAAACAGAAACGAAAGUAUAUUUUUGAACGUUUUGAGCCGCAAGCUGGUGGAAUAAUUAUGAAAGACUCUUGGGAACAGACCCAGUUUAAACAUCUUUUAUGUGAAUUAAAUAUCAACCGAAUAAACUUAUCGCUGUUUGGCAAGGAAA